AUGACUGCGCGUUAUAUUCUUACUCAAAAUAUUAAGGAGUGCGCCCUCUUUAGGCGACAUGUUUACCACGCUUCUAAAAAGUUGCGAGGCAAAGAAUUAGAAAGAGGAACGAUACUCCAGAAAGAUCCAAAUGACGAAACGCGGUUCGUUGUGGCUGAUCGCAACGAAGUCUUCCUCGAUAGUAGCUGCGUCGAGAGCCUCGACGAUAAGUUAGAACGCCUUCCAGACGAAUUAGCUGAAGACCUUUUGGAGACUAUUUCUAUAGAGGAACGACUUCGGUUUUUCAACCGAGACACAAGACGGGAAAGCAAUCGGGAGGACACUUACUUAGAUGCUGAACUUUUGAGACCGAGAACACCUUCUACAGAAGAUGCUGACGGGGGGAGAUCACCCAGAAGUAGACGGUCAGAAUCUAGGUCUGCCAGACACGAUGAAGAGCGUCAAAAACUGGAAAAUGAACUAGAAUUACAGAGAGAAAAAAUCAACGACUUGACCGCAAAAAACGAAGCACUUGUCAAGCAGUUGACCGAAAUUGAAUCUUGGUGUGCCAGACAAGACGAAGAGCGUCAAAAACUGGAAAAUGAGCUUCAAUUGCAGAAAGAACAAACCAAAACCUUAGUUGAAAAAAACGAAGCCGUUGAGAAGCAGUUAUCCGAGAAAGAUUCGCACUUGGCACUAUUUGACCAGCAACGAAGAAAGUGGAAGGAGGAGAAGAGUCAAUUGAUGAAAAGGGUAAAAGAACUCCAAGAAAACUUAGACGAAGUAACGCAAAAUGGAAAUGAAGAGAGAGAUCAAUUGAUGGAAAAGCUAAAAGAACUCCAAGAAAACUUAGACGAAGUAACUAAAGGUGGGUGUGAAGAGAGAGAUCAAUUAAUGGAAAGGUUAAAAGACCUCCAAGAGGAUUUGGAUGAAGUAACACUUGAUAAGGAAGAUGCUGAACAACAAGUAUUGAACCUGAAAGCAGAGUCCAAAGUAAAUGAAGAACAUGUGAAAGAACUGAAAGAGUCUUUAUCCACAAUUCAACAAACUCAAGAUGACCACAGACCAAAAGAGUCCUGCGAAUGGGUUAUUUCUCGCGACGAGAUUUUCUUGACAAAUGAGAUGCUUGGGGAAGGUGCGUGGGGAAAAGUUCUCCUGGGAAGAUUCAGAGGCUGCAAAAUAGCUGUGAAACAAGUUCACAACUUGGUUCUCUCCUCUUUUUCCAGAUCCUUAUUUGAAAGAGAAAUGAAGAUUGCUUCAAGAUGCCGCCACCCUUAUUUACUGCAGUUCAUUGGGGCAACAAACGAUGAAGGACCUCCUUUGUUUGUAACAGAAUUAAUGGAAACCAGCUUACGAGCAUUGUUAGACCCCCAGUUACAACCUCUCUCUGACUCAGAGAUCUCCAUCAUCUCUUCGGACGUAGCACUCGCUCUUAAUUACUUGCACAAAACGAAGCCUCUACCCAUCAUCCACCGCGAUCUCAGCAGUGCUAACGUGUUGCUAUGGCGUCAUGGUCGGCAAUGGCGGGGCAAAGUGUCAGAUUAUGGUACGGCUAAUUGCAUUCAGCAAAUAAUGACACCUGGGCCUGGAGCACGGAUCUAUAGUGCUCCUGAAGCUUUUACUAAAGACGAACAGACAGUCAAGAUUGAUGUGUACAGUUUUGGAGUUCUUCUCUGUGAGAUGUGCACACAGAAAUUGCCAGAUCCUGAUCAGCGAGAGGAACAGAUAUCCCAAGUGACAAACCAAAGGUUUAAAAGCCUCAUACAACGUUGCGUGCAGCCAAACCCUGAGCGGCGACCUGAUAUGCAGGAAAUCAGUUCUGAACUAGAGGCCUUGUUUGAACCCCAGUCAGAAAGGGAAGGCGAUAUACCAUCAAUUGGAGAGAUAGAGCAAAUGUUUAGAAGUGCUGCUACAGGAGCUAAAGAUAAAGAUCAGCCAAGGGAAAUACAUCAAGAAGCAAAUGAACCGCACACGACGAGCAGCAUACAUCCAAGUCGAGAAAUACCUGACUGGAUCAUCCCACGUGACCAAAUUGAGCUGACAGAUGAAUGGCUUGGCAAAGGAUCAUGGGGCAGGGUCUUCGAGGGCAAGUACAAUGGCUGUGCUGUCGCCGUGAAGCAAAUCCACGAGACUCUUCUUUCUCCUGACAGCCAAAGUUUGUAUGCGCAAAAGAUAGACGUGGCUUCAAGAUGCCGCCACCCUUGCUUACUCCAGUUCAUCGGAGCAACUAACGAUGAAGGAUUUCCUUUGAUUGUGACAGAACUCAUGGAAACAAGUCUAGAAUCAUUGUUAACCUCGCGAUGUCUUUCAGAACAAGAAAUCUCCUUUAUUUCUAAGGAUGUAGCUGGGGCAUUGAGCUACCUCCACCACAAAUUACCUUCUCCAAUUGUCCACCGGGACGUUAGCAGUGCCAAUGUGUUGCUGUGGCGGCAAGGUCACCAGUGGAGAGGAAAACUGACCAUUUCAAUUGCUACAACUUUCCAGCGGGAAACCAUGACAACUGCUCCAGGUGAUAUGAAAUACAGUGCACCAGAGACAAUUACUUCAACACAAACUGUGAAGGUGGAUGUCUACAGUUUUGGUGUUCUUCUGUGUCAGAUGUGCAUCUGGGAAUUGCCAGAUCGUGAAAGGCGCAGCCAACAAGUCGAAAUGGUGACACACCAUGUGAUUCAAGACUUGAUAAAGGAAUGUUUGGAAAGAGAUCCCAAGGAUCGACCAGGCAUCGAGAGAAUCGUUAACGAGUUGGGCAAGGGCAAGCCCCACUUAUUUCAGUAA